GAUGACGAAGAAGAAGAACAGAACAGCUGACGAGCAUGGAAGCCCCGCCGUCUCCGCGUCCGCCACCGUCUCCGGCAGCGUCGAUCGGGCCCUCUGUCGGGCGAAGGCCCUGGGGCUCUGCCAGCAGCCCCGGCCAGCGUUCGCCAAUGCACUCGCCGGCGAGCACGCCUAGUCGCGGGGGCGCGGAGUCACCGGAGCUGCACACCAACGACCAGGGUCCCGUGACGCUGUUCUCCUCGUUGAUGGCCGGGUGGAUGGGCUCCCUGACCAUGGGCACCUCCAUAGGCUACUCGCUGCCCGCUGGCCAAAGCCUCAUUCACGCCAGGAGCAACGUCACCGGAAGCGGCGACGAGAAACUCUUUUGGCUUGACUCGCUGCUUCCGCUGGCGGCUGUGUUCGGUUCAAUGUGGGGUUGCUGCCUGGCCUGCUGGCUGGGCCGUCGGCGGGCGAUGGCGAUCGGUUCCCUGGGCUCGCUGUGUGCAUGGCUAGCCCUCGGUUGGACCUCCACCGACUUUUGGAGCCUCUACACUGCAAGGUUCCUGGAGGGUGCCGCCACCGGGGUCAUCUCGCUCAUCGCGCCUGCGUACGUCGCCGAAAUCGCGACUGUCAAGGACAGGGGCAAGCAGUGUGGGACGGUACAGACAGCCAUAGCCGCGGGUGUGCUCUACACGCACGUGGUGGGACGGUUCACGGACUGGUCGCAGCUGGCCCGAUGGUGCGCGGUGCCAUCUGCCUUGUCUGCGCUACUCGCCGUGCGGGCAAUUGAGUCUCCACGCUGGCUUAUGGAACAAGGCAAGCAGGACGCGUCCCAGGCAUCGUUGAGGCGUCUACGCUUCAUCGCCUCGCAGGCGGAUGGUGAGCUGGAGGCCAUCGAAGUCAUCUAUGUCAAGUCAUCGACGCCCGUCCGCCACUACAUGCUCGCCGUGAUGAUGAUAGUGCUGCAGCAGUUCUCUGGCGUCAACAUGAUCAUGCACUAUGCCGCCGGUUACCGGCGCAUCGCCUCCACAUCGUCUUCCCACGACUUGUACAUCAUACUCGCCAGUGUGCAGGUGGUGACUACGGCAUUGGCAUGUCGGCUGCUGGACAUGGUCGGCCGCAUAAAGCCGUUGGCCGUUUCCGUGACUGUCUGCUCAAGCAGUAUGAUGGCACUGGGAAGCAUCUUCUUCGCCUUCUCAGACGCGGACGGGAACGUGGACAGCGGUCCAGGAUUUUACCUCACCGGUGCAUGCAAAGUCGUCUUCUGCAUCGGAUACUCCAUAGGCCUCGGUCCCGCCGCCUGGGUGCUGGCCAUCGAGCUGGCCCCGCUCCGAGGGCGCGGCUUCGACUUUGGCAGCGUCUGCGUCUUCCACUGGGCCUCGGCGCUCACCGUCGUCAGCCUGGUCUCCACAGUCGGCCUCUCCGCCCCGUGGCUCGUGGUGCUCACGUGGUUGGCAGCUGUUUCCACGUUCGCCGGCGGCCUUGCCGCAGUCUGCCUGCUUCCGGACACCAGCUGCGUGUCCCUCGAGACGAUACUGCUCGAAGGCCACAAGGACAGACCCAAGAAACCCUUGGCGCCCGUCGAGGUUGCCGCUCCCUCGACCACGCAGCUGCAAAAGGAAGAGCGGGGAAAGGAGCACGAGCUCCGCAAGGUGGCGGGUUUCGGUCAUCGCUCGCCCUCGCCCCGGGGCCGCGAUCACCCUCGCGCCCUCAACCGUCAUGCCGACGGCCAAGCGAAACAAGAACCGCACGAAGCCGCAAUGUCCCCCCAAAACGAAGGCGGCGCUGCACCAAAUCCCGAUAAAGCGGCGGCCGCCACCGUCCCAAGCGAGCAAUAGCCCGAUCACAUGGGGGAACAUUGAAAGGACAACCUUUUUUUGCUAGAGCGCGGCAGUGUCCGCGUGCUUGGCUUCAAGCCGUGGGCCGACUUGUAGUUUCGCAUUGUUUAUAAAUACACUGCAUCAAUUUAUUAUUACGCUCUUCCAGCAUUUAUUAUUAUUGUAUCCUUGACCAUUGCUUUACGUUUUGGACAUUGACUUCCCUCGUUGUUUCACUAUUUAUAUUCAUAAGAACCAACUUUUUCUCUGUCAUUUGCUUCGCUGGAAAAACAAACUCUGCGAUACAUUCUCAAUGUGUGUUAACUUUGCGAAAUAACACGGUGCUCACUAACAUAUAGCAAGUGAUUUUUCAUCGAAGCACUUCUUUCCUAAUUCGCAGUUAUUUUACUAUUGUAGAAGGUGACACCUAAUGCUUACCAUAUAUAUUCUUUUAUGUGAGCAGCCUAUUAACAUUAUGUAGAACUCCUACCAACUUUCUAUUUACCUUACUCAAUGUCUAGUUACAUUUACAUACUAGUAACAUUUGUUCGUACACUGUCAAAAUGAUUCUUUCUCACUUUUGCAUAAAGGAUAUUUGAAAUACGCCGUAACAGACUUUCGUCUUACUUUUGUAUAAAAAAUGUUUUAGGUACACCAUUAAAAUAGUUCCUUCUUACUUCUUCAUAAAGAAUAUUCUAAAAACGUCGUUAAAGGACUUCCUUCUUACUUUUGUAUAAAGAGCAUUUGUUCAUAACCCGUUAAAGGGCCCUCUACACACUUUUGUAUAAAAAAUAUUUUAAACACACCAUUAACAUACCUUCUAAUUUUUGUCUAAGUAAUAACUUUACUACUCCUUUAAUAUGCAUAGGUUACAUUUGUGUAAAGAAAGUUUUAUUAUACAUCAACAUAUUUUUUUUCUGAAGGACAUGUGCCUUCAAUACGUCAAGAGCUCGUACUCGCUUCCUAAACUAUUUAAAAUGAGAAGUAACUUGACAGUUUUUGAUAAAUUCAAUAGUCGAAUAGUCGAAAUUCAAUGAUAGCCAAAGAUAAAGAGAAGCUGAACUGUUUCCAAGUGUCACCUAUCUGUGUGAAAAGAAUGAAAUUAUCCUUAGUGUGUAAAAAGAUGUAGCUUUCUUAGCGUCCCUAUUCACAGGCUCUCGUCCCUGCCUCCUACCGACGGGUUCUUCACAUUAAAGGAAAUUGAUAGGACGUUGCAUAAAGGGAAAAGCAAAGUAACAAUGUCAAUUGAUCUGCUUUACGGCGAUGGUUGGUUGCCGCGAAAUAAAUAGAUCGAAAAGUGACAAUUAUCUACUCUUCAUAUUCAGCGAUCUCCCUUCAUAACACGGCGACAAAUUUCUGAGAUAGGAUAAGGUUUUGCGGUGGCCUUACGACAUCCGUAGUUAUGGCACUCCGCAGUUCCAUGAGCCAGGAUAUCAAAGACCAUAUUUUUGCAGUGUUUCGCGCGCCUGAAAACCGGUAACGUCAUAGCCACCAUGCUUUGGACAUCUAGUUUAGAAUAAAAUUACUAUCCCGACCGCGGCAGCCACAUUUCGACACGGGAGAACUACAGAAACGCGUGUGCACUUAGGUUUAGGUGCCUGUUAAAGAACGCAAGGGGGUCAAAAUUAAUCGUUAGUAAGCCCUUACGGCGUGCCUCGUAAUCCGGUUGUGGUUUUGGCACGUACAGUCCCAUGAUGCAGGUAAAGUUUAACACUUCUGCACAGAUUCGAUGUGCCUUGUGAUACAAUGACAAUGCUACUCUUCUUGCAGGUUAUGAACAAUGGCGCACAACAACGCCUCAAGCAAACGUGGCUCGCCAUAUGUUGUGUACUACGAAGACAAACAGCAAUGAUGCACGCAAGGUAGCAUUUACCACCAACUCAACACUCUCGUAUUGCACUAAACGCUGAAGAAAGGGAACAUUCGCGGCAAACCUCACCGCUUAUAAUCGUCAAUCACAGCAAACAGCACAGAAAGCCUCGCCUAUGGCAGGAUGAGCAACACUUUCCAGCUAUCUCCGGUGAAAGGCACCCACGCUCUCAAGAAUCGGACUCAUCGGCCCCAUCCGGCACCCGAGGCCGUUCCCAAUCCAGAGGGCGAUCCAGAUCCCGGGGGCGCUCCAGAUCCAGAGGAUGGACAGCGUCUAGAGGGAUGAGAAUACGCAUCAAUUCCGGAAGCCGCAUUAGGCCCGACAGCCGCACCAGGUCCAGUUCCAGACCCAGAGGGCACCAGACAGGGCCGGUACCUGGAUCGUCGAGACCAACCACCUGGGCUGACAUUAUCCAUGGAGGACAUGCAGAGGUGAGGUCGGGGGCAUCCUCAGAGAGUGUGACAGAAAGCGCGCAUAAAAUAGCACAACUUGAACGCGAGAAUGCGAAUAUGAGGGAGGUUAUUAAAAAGCUUACGUCGGAAAUCGCGGAGAUCAAACACGGGAGAGGAACGCGUCCUCCGCCUGCGUCCGCUCCGUUGGAAACACCCCAACCUAUGGAGGUUCCUAUAGCGGAGGGCGAACAAGAUGAGGCGAGACCCUCUAAAAAACGAGCAGUGGCUUGUGAGCAGGAUAGUCUUCCGGGACGCGCAAGGUCAGAAAUUCGCGAAAUGUUUUCAGCGCUAAGUGACAGCGUAAGGCAACUGGCGGAGAAGGUCUCCCAGAUACAAAGCGAGAUGGCCUUUCAAGCUGAAAGUAUGAACAAACGUGUGUCCAAAAUGGAUUCGUUCCUAGAGAACGUAAUGUUGCCAAUCCCUUGUCCCAGCGUCAGUAUCGUACCACAUACUCCC